AUGAAUCUAAGGGCAUGGCUAUCAAACAAUGAUAAAGUGAAUAAUUCAAUAGCCUUGCAAGAUCGGGCUGAAAUGAAAGAAACCAGUGUUCUUGGUCAUACUUGGAAUCAUCAGUUGGAUACAUUUUCAAUAAAACAACCUAACAUAGUAAAUGAAAACAAUGGCUUGACAAAGAGAUUGAUUCUCAAGGUGAUUGCAUCAGUGUUUGAUCCAUUAGGAAUGAUUUCUCCUACACUGCUCAAAGUAACACUAUUGUUACAAGAUCUUUGGAAACAAAAGCUUUCAUGGGAUGAUGUGAUAGAAGAUGAAGAAAUAAAAGAAACAUGGUCAGAAAUAAGGUCAGACGUGAGUAAGAUCUCAAAGUUUUCAUUCCAAAGAUGCUUGUCCAUGAAACAUGAGGAGCAUAUUACAUACACUUUACUGUGUUUUUGUGACGCAUCUCUGAAGUCGUAUGCAACUACUGUCUACCUUUAUCAGAAGAGUAGUAGCGAUGUGAAAGUUGAUCUUGUGUUUGCCAAAUCACGUGUAGCACCCGUUAAAACGAUGUCAGUACCACGGCUAGAAUUAAUGGGUGUCUUAAUAGGUGUGAGGUGUUUGAAAUGUGUACAUGAGCAAUUGAAACUAACUGGAAAUUAA